UAUUCCCUAAGUACCAUCUCUACCUAGCCGCACGUGUUUACUUCUGGUGUGGGAAAUACUUUCUAGAUUCCAUUAAAAAACAACUUUUCUAAACACCCGCCAACAUGCCCCGCUCCAAACGUGAUAAGAAAGUUUCUUUGACCAAAACCGACCGCAAAGGUCUGGCAUGGAAACAGAGAAUCGUCGACGAUAUUCGCUUCUGCGUGGAAAAGUAUCCCAACAUAUUUGUUUUUCAAGUACAAAACAUGCGAAACAACCUUCUUAAAGACCUGCGACAGGAAUGGAAAAAGAAUUCGCGGUUUAUUUUCGGAAAAAAUCGAGUGAUGCAGAUCGGCUUGGGUCGCAAAAAGAGCGAGGAAGUUGAGCCUGAUUUGCACAAGCUAUCCAAGCGCCUUACCGGACAGGUGGGUCUUCUCUUCACAGACAAAUCCAAGGAGGAAGUUCUGAAGUGGGCGGAGAACUACUGGGCCGUAGAGUAUGCUCGCAGUGGAUUUGUGGCAACGGAGACAGUUACUCUGGCAGCUGGACCCCUCGAGGAGUUUGCCCACUCCAUGGAGCCGCAUCUACGUUCCCUUGGCCUGCCUACAAAACUGGAAAAGGGCGUAGUGACCAUCUACAGCGAUUAUACAGUGUGCGAGGAGGGCAAGGUUCUGACUCCAGAGCAGGCGCGUAUUCUGAAAUUGCUGGGGAAGCCGAUGGCCAAGUUCCGGCUAACGAUGAAGUGCUCGUGGACCAAGGCCGAGGGCUUCCAGCUACACGUUGAAGACGAUGUGAACGAAGAAGACCAGGCUGACAGUGCCAUGGAGGAGGAUGCCACAGAGGCAAUGGAGGACGAUAACGAUGAUGAUGAUGAUGACGAUGAGGAGGAUGAUGAAUAAAUUAGCUUUAAAU